AUGAUGAAGCUUUUCGGUCUUUCGCUCAUCGCCAGUCUGGCCGCUGCCAGCCCCAUGAAGGCAAUGACGCCCGAGCCUCGCGCGUGGGGCUUCUGUGACAAUCCAGGACGCCUUAUAGCUCUGAGCAUCGACGCCCAUGGUCAGAUCGCCGAAGAAGACCCGGACAACAUCCGUAAAUAUGGAGGCUACAAGUUCCUCGACUUCCUCACUGCCCUGAACGAGACUACCGACAUCAGCAAGGCUGACAAGGUGUCUGUCAUUGCGUAUAAGGAGUGGAGCGAGACGUUUGUCGGCGACCCGAACGCGGAUGACUCGGCGCGCAACCUGAUCACGAGGAUGGGCGCCGAAGGAUUCUCUGAGCUCAGAUACGCUUUCGGGGUCGCUUCUAGGGAGCUGGAGAAGAUGGGCUCUGACCAGGACCGCCGUGGUCUCGUCAUGAUCGGCGCCUCCUUUGCUGAGAACCAGGGUUGGGUUGCCGACGAAGUUAACAACCUCAAGAACAAGGGCAUCCGCAUCAACUACGCUCAGCUCACCGUCCACGACGACCGUCGUGUCAAGGGAAUUGACCCGGGUGUCGCGAACGCCAUCAGGGAGACUGGAGGCAUCGCUAUGGAGAUCAAGAACAAGGAGGACAUGGACAAGUUUUUCCACGACGCCACGACGAACGGUCUCACCCACAACGACAACAAGUGCAAGCGCACUGAUAUUCCGAAGUCUGGUGGUCCCCUCGGUAACGACAUUCACAACGUCGGCCAGUGCAUUUCCGACAACGAGGCUGUGUACACCUACAAGCCCACGUCCGAGGACCGCAACCUCGUCGAGAACCUCGAGUACAACAUCGAGCUUGUUUCGACCGAGCGCCCCACCGUCAUUGUCGCCACGUUCAUCAACAAGGUCACCGGCCAGACCUCCUCCGUCACCAUCAGCAAGCGCAACCCCUUCGGCCGUCUUACCGGCCAGGUCCGCCCUCCCGAGGAGAUUGAGGUUCGCGUCAAGGUCACUGGCGCUGACCAAAACGACUGCCAGUACAAGAUCAACUCGAACAUCAAGCCGACCAACCCCAAGCCCUCUACCUCCUCGCAGGCUCCUCCUCCUCCGUCGUCGUCGGCCCCUCCUCCUACCUCUUCGUCGAACCCUCCCCCUACGUCCUCGUCGAACCCUCCUCCUUCCUCGUCGUCGAACCCCCCUCCUUCGUCCUCGGCCACCCCUUCCACUUCCUCCUCGUCUCAGCCUACCCCUUCUGCCUCGUCCGCGUGCCCCACCAACGCCACUUCGACCGUGAUCCAAACCUCGACCAUCGUCUCGACCGUGACUCAGACUGCCACCGGUAACGCGACUCAGACCGUCACUGUGACCCAGUCUGCCUCUGCUUCCCCUACCCCCACUGGUGACAACUGCAUCUGCAAGUGCAAGUGUGACCAGAAGGGCGCCCAGCCCAUGCCCCGCUUCGAGCUCUAG